CUCCUCUCUUGCUCGUUUACUUCCCGAUCCUACCUCCCUCCGUCGCCUCACCCUCGGUUCCUCUUCCUCCUCUCUGUCUCGUCCCACCCCGAUCAAGAACCCCAGAAUCAAGUCUUCUUCCCUCGAUCCGCGAGUCGAGCCGCAGCCGUCCAUCUCCGCCCCAAGAAAAUGGCGUCGGGGGCCAACUCGGAUAGGCUUCUUGCGAGGGAUGUGACCUCGAGUGAAAUUGAGAAUCCAAGGCAGCCUCUGAUCAAUGGCGUCACUUCUAGCGAGAGCUAUUCUGCUACUGCAGCGAUUCUUCCGUUCUUCUUCCCAGCUCUAGGAGGGCUACUCUAUGGCUAUGACAUUGGUGCUACGUCUGGUGCUAAAAUUUCUUUGCAGUCAUCAAGCUUAAGUGGGACGACAUGGUAUAAUUUAUCCUCUCUGGAAAUUGGUCUCGUGGUUAGUGGGUCUCUAUAUGGUGCCUUGAUCGGUUCUGCUCUGGCAUUUACCAUUGCUGACUUUCUAGGAAGAAGGAGGGAGUUAUUACUCUCUGCUGUGCUAUAUUUUGUUGGAGCUCUGCUGACAGCAUUGGCACCAAACUUUCCCGUUAUGGUGAUUGGACGUUUUGUGUAUGGUACAGGAAUUGGAUUGGCUAUGCAUGCUGCUCCAAUGUAUAUUGCAGAGACUUGUCCAACUCAGAUACGAGGCAGACUUAUCUCUCUGAAAGAAUUCUUCAUUGUCUUUGGGAUGCUUUUGGGUUAUAUAUCUGGCAGCAUCUAUGUUGAUUUGAUUGGUGGAUGGCGUUAUAUGUAUGCCACUAGUGCUCCUAUAUGUCUAAUCAUGGGCAUAGGAAUGUGGUGGUUACCACCAUCACCUCGUUGGCUGCUUUUGUGCGCCAUACAGGGUAAAGGAAGCCUGCCACAUGCGAAAGAAGUUGGCAUUACAUGUCUGUGUCGUUUGAGAGGUGUAGCUUUUAGUAGUUCAGCUUCAGAACAAGUUGACUUGAUUUUGGAUGAGCUGUCAUAUGUGGAUCAGGAAAAACAAGCUGCAUUUAGUGAGAUCUUUCGAGGGAAAUGCCUCAAAGCCCUCAUUAUCGGUGCAGGACUGGUGUUUUUUCAGCAGGUAACAGGGCAACCUAGUGUGCUGUAUUAUGCUGCAACCAUUCUUCAGAGUGCAGGAUUUUCUGCAGCAUCCGAUGCUACACGUGUCUCUAUUCUUCUUGGUUUGCUGAAGCUAAUUAUGACCGGUGUUGCUGUUCUCGUGGUGGAUAGACUUGGAAGAAGACCUUUACUUAUUGGCGGUGUUAGUGGGAUAGCAAUCUCCUUGUUCCUAUUAUCAUCUUAUUACACCUUGUUGAACUCUCUGCCUUCUGUGGCAGUGAUAGCAUUGCUUCUGUAUGUUGGUUGUUAUCAGUUGUCAUUCGGUCCAAUUGGUUGGCUCAUGAUAUCAGAGAUUUUUCCUUUGAGAUUAAGAGGGCGUGGAUUAAGUAUUGCAGUGCUUGUUAACUUUGCCUCAAAUGCUUUGGUGACUUUCGCUUUCUCACCGUUGGAGACGCUAGUUGGAACGGGUGUUCUCUUCGCUGGCUUUGGGGUGAUUGCCAUUUCCUCUCUGCUAUUCAUAUUCUUCAUCGUCCCAGAAACAAAGGGGCUCACCUUGGAGGAAAUCGAAGCCAAGAUCUUAUAGAGGUUUUAACCAUGGCGCUACAUCUCUGUAUCUGCACGUACCAGACUCAGGGAAGCUUUUAUGUUAUCUUUGCUUGUUGCAAGGUCCUAAAAAAAAUCAUAAUAUCCUUUUGAGCACCCCUGACACAGGACUCUUUCAAUGUUAAUACAGGCAUUUUACCAAAUGCUCUCGUGAUGUAAUAUUUUGCUGGAACAGGGCAUUUAGAUCACGUGGCAUUUGCUAGCAUGAAUUCCAUACCUGAACGUAAGAUUUAUGUUAUGCCACCACCACUACUACUAUGUGUGUUUU